AUGAAUGGCAGACAGGCUUUGCUGCUCGUUGGCCAGACUGUCGGUGGCAGUAGCGCCAUCAACGGCCAGUACUUUGAUCGCGGAUCUAGACAUGACUACGACGCUUGGACCCAGAUUGGAGGUCCUGAGUUUGCAAACAGUACGACCAAGUGGGAUUGGGAAAGCCUGUUUCCCUACUUCAAGAAACAUCCAGUCACGGCCAGGCGCUCGCACGCUGGUCUGGGCCACUACUCCGACGUUUCGGGUAGACCAAACUACGACUUGCUGGUCAAGCAUCAGGUUAUAAGGGUUGUCUACACUGACGGCGUCUCACACGGGCCACCAAGGGUAGAGAUACGAUCUCUUUCUAACGAUGAAGUGUUCAAUGUAACCGCCAAAGCCGAAAUUAUCAUUUCUGCCGGCGCAAUGCACACGCCUACCAUCCUACAAAGGAGUGGCAUUGGACCUGCAGCUCUCCUCAAUGACUUGAACAUCACCGCAGUACUGGAUCUUCCUGGUGUAGGCUCAAACUUGCAAGAUCACUCUUCUCCCGGCAUAUCCUGGAACUGUGAGUAA